CAGGCCCUUAUUUACUUCAGCGUCCACCGCCUAGUCGCUUCAAAAUGCCAACACGCGCCCCGUCCACACUCUGAGAUCGGGUUGUCAAAGCGCCCAGGAUUUGUUGUCUGGCCGGUCGGGAUUUGUCCGACUCCGCAGAAGCUCGCAGAAAUUCAGCAAUGGCGGGGAAGAUAAAUGUGGAUCUUGCAUGGUCCCGUCUACUGCUAGUGAGCACUACUCAAGCUAUUAGGCAGCGGACAAAGGAGUUCAGCAAGAGGUACGGGAACGCUGGCUGUAUUAUUAUUCCUAAGCGACCACCAACACUCGACAAUGUAUUCAAUCCUCAUCACCACGCGCCCAAGCGCCUUCAUCACCGGAUACAACAGACAAGAACCAACAGGCCUGAAGAAUGUGAUGAGACAGGGUAUCGAUCCCACUGCCCGUAUCAAGCAAGUGGUAAGAAAGUUGCGGAGAAAAUAUAUAGUAGUCACAAGGAAAUAAACGAUGGAAAAGAAAUAGUUAUUCCGUUCCAUUUCCUUCGCCCGUGCCUUGGCUGUAUUCAUCGUCCCGGCCCGCCCAAACCAGAUCCGUUUGUGUGUCAUUCACUCAUUAGAUCCAUCCCCUUUUCCUUUCCUUAACCCCGACAGAAUCUCAAGGCGAGAAAACCAAGUAGAGAGGUUUAGAGAAAUAGGUGAAGGAAACCUCGCGCCACAUGUUCCCAGUUCCAAGUCCGCUCUUCACGCCGCAAUUCGCUCAUGAUUAGUUGGCCGUUGAUGUGUUUGAUUCAUGAUGCAAUCCAGCCCGUUUCCAGUGUGGUUCGCCGGAAGGUAAAAGGAGAGGAGAAUAAAAGUACAGGGUGGGUGGUAUGUAUUAUAUAAUGACAGGUGAGGAGGUUGGGGAGGGUAUCAUCAGUUCGAGAGCCAGCCGGC